AUGUGCUCCCGCAGCUCCUGCCACGACUACGAGUCCUCCUGCCACGGGUCCCGCUCCUCCUGCCACGAGCCCGAGCCCUCCUGCCGCUACGUCCAGAGGCAGCCGGUGCAGAAAUGCACCUACGUGACGCCCUGCUGUCCCCCCGUGCAGCGCUACUGUCCCCCCGCUGUCCCCUGCUGUCCCCCCGUGCAGCGCUACUGCCCCCCUGCCGUCCCCUGCUGUCCCCAGGUGCCCUACUGCCACCAGUACACCAAGAACAUCUGGAACCUUCCACCAGCGUGCCCCAAGUACUGAACAGGAUCCAGCCCCAGCAGCCAGAGCCGCCGGCUCCUCCCUUGGGCACCCCGACCUCGGCUCAGCUCGUCCAUGCUGAAACCCCCGGGUCUCUGCCAUGUGGGGAUGAAAUGUUCUCCUAAUUAACAUUUAUGGUGUCAUUCUUGCUAAUUAUUCCGGAAAUGUCCUUUUCUAAUUAUUUGGGGUGUAAUUAUUUGUUGGUAAUCUUUCUCUGUCUUGCGCUUCUGAUUCAGACUCAUCUGGGUGUGGGAAACAAUAAAUCUGAUUCAUGAGA